AUGGCGGCGUCUCGUCGCUCUACUCAUCAGCAACAACAGAGCAUAACCUCGCCACCUCGCAGUACUUCUCUUUCCCUCACUUCUCCGGGAUCUCCUCCAGUUCCCGGUGGUGGAGUAAUUUCGGCUCCAGCGGGUGCUGAACUAGACAGCGCCGGUGAUCCAUUGUUAACUCCGGCCUCCCCCGAUAUCCCCGCCCCGGCCCUGAGCAGUAGCACCAGCUCCACUAAUGUUAGUACCACCGGGGGUGGCAGCAGCGCUGGCUCCAGUCCUGACUCGGGUAGCACUAGCCCCACGGGCGGCGACUGCGAGACAAGCGGGGCUUUCAGAGAGUUGUUUGAAGCCUGUCGCACUGGGGAUGUAUCGCGUGUGAAGAGGCUGGUGGAUACGGUUAACGUGAAUGCCAAGGACAUGGCUGGGCGAAAAUCCACUCCGCUGCACUUCGCUGCAGGUAACGACGGCGUUUAGGGACCCGUAUUAGCAUGUUAUGCUCACUAUGAUGAGCUGGUUUGUUUUGCUAACUAGCAGCUAGCCAACUACGUCGAUAAAUAGCUAACUAACUAAAGUUUAUUGGGCCAACGUUUGCUCGAUAUCUUGCUCACUCAGUUUGUUAACUAGGUAACUAACGUUGCCUAACAAACUUGGAUAGUUAGUUCGCUAACGUUAGGCUAGAUUGUCGAAAGGGCCGAGCCAGCUAGCCUACAUUUUGACUCCCCAUUCGGGUAGGGGGAGGGGUUGCUAUUAGCCAGAAAGUUGCAAGCAAAAAGUACAGGCCCUGUCAGGCAGCCAGCGUGAUUUGGAAUUAAUCUAAAAACAAUUAUAGUUAACUAACUAGCUAGUUGGCUUGGUAAGAUAUGUUUGUCUUAAACAAGGAACUUUCAACAUGGCAGACAAUAAACAAAAACGACAGAGGUAGUAGAUGUGACACACACAACCAGUAUGUCUUCUCAUAAUAAACAAUAAAGGAAAUAUGUUAAACAAUGAUUGAAGGUUGUGUUUCACUGUAUUAGUGACCCAUUCGUGGCAGGAUGUCUGUUAUGGAUGAUAAACACACCUUCAGAGCGGGCCCUAGCCUUUUGGGGGCCCUAAGGAAGAUUUUGGUUGGGGGGCUCUAUUUCUUUUGCCAUUUUUAAGCUAAUUUCCUGCAAUUCUACACAUUUUGAAAUGACCUUUGCCAUCUUAAUAUGAUAUCUGAGUGAGAAUGACUAACUAAAUCAAUGUGGGCCCCCUGGAGGGCAGGGCCCUUGGGCACGUGCCCGGUCAGUAUUCGGCCAUGAUUACUACAAGUUUAGAUUGCUGGCUAGACUAACUACCAAUCUAAAAAUGUUUAGAUGACAUGGCUAAUUGAGUGACUGCUUGACAUAACAAGAGAGAAACUGCUGAUGCACAACCACAUUUAGAAAUGUACCUGGUGUAUCUGUUAGUGUUAAUCGCAAUAGUAAGUUGAGACCUCAACUGAGUUUCUAAAAAAAUAUACAUGUAUACAAUUAUUCUUAUUUUUUGGUCAGGGGGCCACCUAAGUGACCGCUUAUGAAGCUUUUGCCUGGAACUGGCCCAGCACACCUGAUAAUCUUUCCACCAUUUCCUUUACUUUGUAGGAUUUGGGAGGAAGGAUGUUGUGGAGCACCUCCUUGAGACAGGGGCCGACGUUCACGCCCGUGAUGAUGGAGGUUUGAUCCCUCUGCAUAAUGCCUGCUCCUUUGGCCACGCUGAGGUGGUCAGCCUGCUCCUCUGUCAGGGUGCUGACCCAAACGCCCGGGACAACUGGAACUACACACCGCUCCACGAGGCUGCCAUCAAGGGCAAAUUAGACGUGUGCAUCGGUAAGAACCGUUUUUAA